UCCUUUCGUCCUUCCUCUAGAUCUAUUUUUAGAACUCUAAAAUUUGGUAAGUUCGUCCUGUCUGGUGGCAUCCUAUGUGUGUUUUUCCUAUUCCACGUUGCUGAGUCUGCCUUAUUCUUGGAGCGUGAUGAAGACAUCAGUCAGCUGACGACUGUGGCAACAUAUGCUUUUGUAGGAGAAAAGGGGUGUGGUGCUGUAAUAAGAGUCAGAGGAGACAAAUUGAAACGGAAUUCAGAUUUGGACGUCAAGGAAAAAAAUAUUUUCCAUUUUAAAUAACUCUUGCUUGAUGCUGGAAAUUACUGUGGAGACUUUAAUAUUCAUUUAGUUGCGAUGGAAAGCACGUCUAGGGAAUAGUUUGAAACUGUUUGGACAUUCUUAGUUUCUCUCAAAUGAGUAGAUAGAUCUAAUUUCUGAGUCGUGUUUGAAUUUCCUCUAUUAUACUCUAUAGGUGUGGACUUUUCAUUUGACAAACAUUGUAUUGUAUAAGGGAUAUCAUUUUGCAACGUCAACUGUGAAACUGAGCUUUCCACCAAAAUGGAGAUCAUUACAAUCCUUAUUGGUGUUGCUGUUUUUAUUAUAUCAGCUUUAAUGAUAUAUUGCAUUUCCGCAUUCUCUAUGAGAGAGAAGACUUUUGAAGAGGUUAUGGAAGAACAGAAACGUAGACAAGAAGAGGAGCGAGAAAAAGCGAAAGCUGAAAAGAAAGCUGAGAAAGAGCAGCAUAAAAAGAAAUACAAAAAAGGGAAACAAGAGAAAGUGAAAGAGAAGUCAGCUCAGGUUACAGAACCAGAACUGAAAGUGGAACAUAAAGUCAAAAUGGUCAACCUAGAAAUCGAGCCUGAGAUAAUUGAACGCACUGAAAGUUUGGGAUUGAAUGCUGGACUGAGACAGAGAGGGAAGAGAGACAAGUCCUCAAAGUCGAUCCUUCAUAACAAAGAUGAAAUUGCCCCAGUGGCAGACAAAACUGUGGAAAUGCGACACAAACAAGUGGCUCCCAAGGAUGAACUGGAACUGAAGAAGGCCCAUGAGAAAGUUGUCGUUGAGAAAAUUGAAAAGGUGAAGGCUGUACAGCAGCAGCAGGAAGUAAAAGAGAGUAGGCAGAAGCACUCCAUGGAGUCAAAAGAAAAUCUGCCUCCUAAGAAGAAUGAAGAAACCCUGAAACAACCAAAAGGAACUCCAAAGGGAACACCAGUAAAGCAGAACAUCGCAGAACAGGACAAACGUUCUAACAAGAUCAAGUCAGAUGAUGUUCAGUUGAAUGGGUCGCAGCUGAUUUCGUCUGUCAAAACAGCCAAACUGUCAGAUGAGGAGCUUCAGGCUUUAAUUGAAAUUUUGCUAAAUAGGCAAGGCUUAGCUCCAUCUAGCCCUGUGAAUCAAGCUGAAUCAUGGAACAAGAAAAGCCAGAAAGGUGACCCAAUGUCCUUACUCAAGAGACAGCUGGAAGAAAAAGAGAGGGCACUGCAAGAAGAGCAAAACUUGGCCAUGUCGGCUAACAGCAAAGUGAAGGAACUGAGAAAUGAACUUGGAACGGAGAAAACAAAGUAUACUGCCCUUGAGAAAAGAUUCCAGGAGAAAGUUUCUCAUCAGCAAGCGGAAUUGGAUGCACUGCAGCAGCGUAUGCAGCAUACCCACGAACAGCACCUGAUGGAGACCAACGGCCUUCAGGCAAGACUUCGUCAAGUGGAACAAGGCGGUGGCGGAGGUGGAGGUGACCAGGCUGCUGUUCAGAAACUGUCUGCGGAAAACAAAAUUCUUCAAGAAACCCUGUCUUUGAAGGCGAAAGAAAAUGUGAGCUUGAAUGAAAAAGUGAAGAAUUUUGAAAAGGAUCUGAACAACAGUAACGCCAAGCUCCUGGCCAGUGAGACGGCAAGGAAAAGCGCAGAAACCAAAGUUUCCACUAGUGAAGAAAAAAUCCGCAAGCUGGAGGGCGGACAGAAAGGUGCUGACGCCAUGAUCAACAAGAGAGUGGAAGAGGUCGCUAUUCAGCUGAGAAAAAGUGAAAGUAGAAAUGAUUCCCUGUCUUCUGAUUUACAAAAUGCUACCAGUGCUCUCAGCACAGCUGAGGCGGAAGUCAGCACUUUGAAGGGAAAGCUUCAGGAACUGGAGACUCACUUAAGUCGGGCGGAUGCCAGCAAAGAGGUGGAAUCCAAGCUGCAGGAGUCAGAAAGAAAGCGUUCAGAUUUGGAAGGAAAUGUCAAGAACCUCGAGAAACAGUUGGCUGAUCUUUCCAGAAGAUUGAGUGAAAGUGAAACGGAAAUGCUGCGUUUACAACAAGAGAACCGCAGCCUUGUGGACGAGAACAAGACAAUCAGUGAGAGAGUGCAGGCGGCUCCUGCUGCCAAUGGAGACAUUCAUGAACAGAAUGGUCCUUCAUUGUCCAUGGAAGAGCAUGAGAGAAUUGUAAAAGAAAAGAGUGAGGAAGUGACUGCGCUGACGGCCAACCUGGAAGGUCAGAAAAAAGCUACUGCGAACCUGCAGGUCCAGGUGGACACACAGACUGCCCAGGUGUCUGAGUUACAGCAACAGUUGGCGCAGCAGAAGGCUAAAAAUAAUGAAUUGCGUGAAAAGAACUGGAAAGCUAUGGAAGCGUUAGAAAAAGCAGAAAAAAGUUCUGCCGAAAAAGCCGAUAAGGCCCUUAAAUCUGCUAGGGAAAUGAGUUCUGCUGGAAGUGUUGAGAUUGAGACUAAUGACAAAGCUGUCUUUCAACGCUUGUUCCCAGAGGUUAAAGUCUCUGACAAACUGGCUCACAAAGAGUGGGUAGUUGCAUUCGAGAAACAGGCUCUCAAGAAACUCCAAAGUAGUGUGAACGAGGACAGCUACAAAACAUUGGAAGAAGAAAAUAAAAAGUUUCAGCUUCAAAUAACGAAAUAUGAAGCUCAGAGUACUGAACUGAAUAGCAAAUCUGCAAGAUUACAAGAGGCUGAGAAGGAAUUGUCCCAGCUCAAAUCCAAAAAGUCAUCACAGGUUGAUUCUGCUGCCUAUUCUCAAAUAGAAAAUGAUAACGAGAGGUUAAAAGAGGAGGUGGAACAAUAUCGCAGCAUUGUCUCAGAAACAGAAAAUAAAUUGAAACAGCUGGAGAAAAGUAUAGACGCAGAAGAGAAGAAGUGGAAGGAGAAGUUGAAGGCUGCAGAGUCAUCUUCAUCUAAGAAUUCAGGCUCUGUACAGAGGAUAGCUGAAUUGGAGAAAAUCAUAGCUGAUCAAGAGAAGCAGAUGCAGGAGUACAGAAAUGUUUUGUCUCUCACAGAAAAUAGUUUAAAACAAUUAGAGAGCAAAGUAGCCACGGAGGAAAAUGCCUGGCAGGGGAAAGUUAACUCUUCGCAGUCACAGCUGGUCCAGACUCAAGAAGAGUUAACCAACUUGAAGAAGCAACUGUUGGACUCUCGGGGUAGUGAAGAGUUGCCAGAGGGAUCUAUGCAGACCAAGGUGGAAACUCUGGAGGAGGAGUUGAGAGAGUCUCAGGAAAAGAUCAUUGUCCUCACUUCCGAGAAGGAGACGGUGAUUACUAAAGUCAUGGAGCUUGAGAAAACAACAACUUCUGGAAGUUCAGAUAAAGAAGUGGAAGAGCUCCGCAGUCAGGUACAGGUAGAGCGCAAGAAGAACAAAGACCUGUCUCUGAACGUGGUCAAACUGAACGGCAUCAUCAAGACUGGCCAGGACGCGCUGUCCCAAGAGCAGGAGCUGGUCAAGAAACUGCAGGAACAGCUGGACUACAAGUCUGUGAAGUCUGGAGUGUCUGAGUCGGAAGAAAUAGAGCAGGCUGCUUCAAGCACUGACAAUGGAACGUCUGUCUGAUGUCCGGCCGCAGCUGGGACUCUGUGAGGAGCUGGCACACCCACGUGGACCCAGCCCGAGAUCUUGCAACUUUGAUGCACGUUUUUAUCGUUUCUUUUUUUUAUUUGCAAACAAGGUGUAUGUGUUCAGAGGAGCCGAAGGGACGAAGACAGAUCGGAGAUCUAGAUCGUUUGUCCUGGUUAAACUGUCCUUGAGUUGAAAUCAAUAUAUAUACAUAAUGGAUCAAAGAAUCUGUGUAACGAAGGAGACAGGAUUUGACUUUCUGUUUAUGUAAAUCACCAUCAUCUCUGAAUUGAUACGCUGUUGACUACUGCACAUCUUGCUUGUUCUCCUGAUUCAUUCUCUUAGCCAUGUCCUCCUGAUGUAGUUCAUUUUUGUCACCUUUUUUUGAAGUGCUUUAAACAGUGCUUUAAACUUGCAGUGUUUGGAGGGGAGGAAAAGUGGAAGUAGUCAGAGCAGUCAGUCUUUGAUGAAAUAUUAACAUCUUUAUAAGCCGUUUGUUUCCCAUUUGCUAACACACUAAAUGACUCAACCAGAUUUUAGAGAGAAAUCAUUUCUUUGCACUGAGCAAUCGCAAAAUGUAGCCGAACCUAUUUAUUUCCCCUUUUUUUUUUAGCAGCCAAGAAGAGAAAAAUGACAACUGUGGUGUAGUCAGACCACAGGGAAAGAACUCUGCACUCUUUUUCUCACUUUUGAGAAACUGUGUUUGAGAAAAUUGCUUGUGCACCCAUUGUCAUUUGUAAUUGUUGAGCUACAUGCCUGCGCUUUCUCGCGGUGGUGGUGGUGGUGUGCGUCAUGUGACAGGGUAUGCUAUAACUACAAGGCCUGUCUUGUUUUAUCUCCCGUCGCCAAUGUUUUUGUUGAACACUUCAGGGCCAUGAGGUAACAAUUUAGCAUUGUUUCACAUGUGCCCCCAUUUUCCUUGCCCCUACUGAAUAGCUUCCCUUUGGCAUGUACAUGACUCUGCUUGUGUUACUGUAUGAUGUGUCCUCUAGCACACUUGUUGUAGGUAUAUGCAGGGUGAAGGUGCUAUCAUUUGCUCUUUUUUAACUUCUAGAAGAAAUUAUUUUUUCUUCUGAUAUUUUUUAAAUCUAUGUUUACAAUAGUGCAGAGACAAUCUGCGUAUUAUGCUAUAACAAGAAUUGUGUUGGUAUGAGAUGUGAAAGGAACUUGUUUUAUAUGGCAUGCUUAUGCUGUCAAGGCAAAGUCUAAGUGUAGGGACAUCUUCAAGUUGUGGUUCUCCAAACAAACUUCUGAAAGCGAAUUACUCGCCUUGUCUGUGUAUGUAUUGAUGUUGACUUUGUACUUACAUUGAGCUCUAAUGGAACAGGAUUAUGGAUGGCUUUCAAACAUUUCUGGUGGUUCAAAAUAGUGACCAGCUUGAAAAAAAGCAAUUUUUUAUGGAUUUAUACACCAAGAAGGACUAUUUUUUUGUAACAUUUAUGUAAACUUUGCUUAUUCAGGCGGUACAGGGACUACUUGUAUUUUUGGUGUUUGGUCAACUUGUACUGUUGGCUUUACAUGGUUCAGUUGUCUUAUUGCUUCGUGACGAGAAAUCGAGGAGAAAGUGUUACCUCAUUUGAUUGUUUUUUUUUAGACUGUAAAUUUGAUCACCCAGUAUUAUUACUAUUAUUAGUUGUAGAAAAUCUGUGGAGGAUUGUCUUAACCCUUUUUUGUCUUUAACCUACAUCCUCUUUGUUUUACCAUUCUCUUUUGUAUCUACUUGACGAGCUAUAAUUCUGUUUUGAAAUUGCAGUCUGUGCAACUGUAAUUCAAUCUUCAUUAAAAUAUUUUGUUCUGGAAAUUUGUGCUUGAAAACAAGCUGAUGUAUUUACUUUGUCUUGUCUGGAGGUGCCUAUGGGUUGUGAUCAAAUGUACAGAUUCUAUGUUUAGAUGUAUGCACUUUAACUGAUCUGUUGCAGCUCAAAAUAAGACUUAGCACAUCUUUGGUCUGAGUCCUAGAAAUUAACAUGGAAAGAAAGUGAGAUGGUUUGGAUGAAAGCAACCCUUGUUUUUGGUGUAACUCUCUCACAUGCUCAUAUAAUACAAAAAUGUGGGCUUUUCAUCAAAGUUUUCCCCCAUUUUGAUUUUAAAAGUGUGAUAUGUUGUAAAUGACAGUGAAGUCCUGCAGUUCAAGUAGACUGGCUUUUAGAACCAUUCUCCCAAAUUCCAAGAUUUUCUCUAAUUCAAGCCCUGCCCUGCCCAUCUGGGAAGAUCUUAUGAGCCCAUGCAGUUUGUUCAAAUAUUGUGUAUUUCAUCUUGCAUUGGUGGCAAGGUCUGUAUAAUCCUAGAGUCCAACUUGUCUCAGGUUGAGAUGUGGCAAGAAAGGUAUUCUGUCUUUUCAGUUUUAGCUUCAACUUUAUUGUGCGUGGGAUCUGCUACAUCUAGUGUUUAAGUCUAUCAUUAUGGCACCCGAAUUUGAAUUGUCUCUCAACAUUUUGUCAAGUACUUCAAAUCGGAUUUUGUAAAAUUGUAGAUAUGCGUUUUUUAAAUUUGGCAACCAGAUCAAGACAGGAAAUGAUUUUGAUUGGUUACUGGUAGUUCUUGAUCAGUCACUGAUGGUUCUUGAUUGGUUAUCGAUCAGUCACCAUUGUUUUCACUGCACAUGAAGAAACAUGACAGUCUUAUAACCGAAUUUUUAAAAUUAGUUUAAAGACUGUUAAGAGGAGAUUUAUGUCCCAAGACUUAUGCAUCUUUGGUUCUUGCUGAUCAUUUGGAUUUAAUAAUUAGAUUCUAUCCCAAAAGAGUUUAAUUUCUUAAGAACUUUUUAUGUAUGAAACUAAACUUUCUGAUGUUGAAGUAAAAUGAGUUGUUCUUGUUUUGCAUAAUACUGCUGACUUGUGGAAACAGUGCCAGUUUUGUUUUGCUUUAUGUUUUGUCCAUAGUACGUACUGAUGAUGGUGUGUUCUUCUUCAUGAAGACAUCCACAUGAUGUUACAAACUUCUUUGUCUGUAGUCAAGUAAUAAGCCUUUAGGUGAUGAGCUGUUGAUAGAAAUGUAGUUGUGGUCGGCUCUUUGAAAGACAAGCCCCCUCUUGAAAAAAGGUCGAGCAUCCUACCCUUCUUGUUUGGAUUCCUGGUAAUACGUAAGGUUUUGUUGGUUCUAGAUAGUGACCAUCUCAUUAUCAUAAUGUAUUCAGCAUCAAUGAAGGUAGAGGCUAUUUCCGAACUGACACAGAUACAACUCUCUCACUGUGCUCGUCAAAGCUCUGGCCUGGAGCAGAUAUAGCAUAUAGCAAAUCCAGUCAAGCUUGUUUCCUUCUCUGAGACAGAAAAUGCCCAGUCUUUGCUUUGGCCCAGUUUGCAAGAGCAAAUUGAGGCACUUUCUGUGUUGUGUUGUUUGUGUUGCACACAGGAUGUCCCAACCUGGUCUUUGUCGCGGGUAAAACUUGUUUUCUCUGACCCUUUUGUUUUUGUCACUGGCCGUCCUUUAUGCUUUGAUCUUUUCAUGACUGACAUUGUUAUAUCUUCGUUAAUGGAUGAUGCUACUCACCAUGUUGCAUGUCGAAAUUGCACACAUUCUGCAUUAUAGUAUUGCUUUGAUUUUACAUAAUAUUAUGUUGGCUUCCAUACCAUAAACCACAUGUAGAACUUGCCGUCUUGUUUGAAUUAAAACCAUUCGGUUGUCUAGUAGAUCGCCCAGUUCCUUAUGAAAUAGAAACUGGGGGCUCUUAGCUAGAUAUAGAAGUUAACAUUGUGCGAUACAUCUGUUGUCUUUGAUUACCACCUGUCACGCCAGCCAGCUUGAUAAGUUUACAAGAAGCUCAGAAAGUAGGUCAAUGUGCAAGAUAUGCAUUUGAAUCGUUUUGAUAACAGAAACCAUUUUUAAAAAUUGGGAAUUUUGUGAUGGUAGAAAAGAAGAAAAGAAGCUUGGAUGUGGACUUGUUUCCAUUGCACUUUGUAGGUAUGAUAUUAAACAGCGAGCUGUCAAUUUUCAAGAGCAUGUGCAGGUUCAAAAUUUUUUUUUUUAAUUCAUGCCUCAGUACAUAUAUAUUAAACCAAUUUGUCAAUUAAUUUUUUAGUCAAGAUUUCAGUUAUGAAUCAUUAUAACUAAAAAUUUUAUUGUCCUAAAAUAUGCUCUAUUUAAUUAAAGAACCCAUUAGGAAGGUUAGAAGGAAGACAUGGUGAUAUACUUCCGUGAUCAGCUUUACGUCUACAUAUAUAUAUAUUAUAAUAACUAGUCAUAAAAUGGUAUGUCUCCUGCUGUGAUUUGUAUUGUCUGUAUUUUCUGUAUCUUGUAGAUAAAACAUUCGUCCUUUGAUGAAUGUUGGGGCUGGUGUAGUUUUUCUCCUUUCAACUUUGAAAACUCGGCCUCCGAACUGAUCACCAAAAAAAAAAAAAAUUAAUCUUCAAAAUUUGGAAAUACAGAGUCUGUCUUUUCCUAGAAUCUGCUAAGUAAUGUCAGUGUUACUUUAGUUUGAUCAUCGUAGUACUUUUUUGAGUCAUUUCAGUUGUGUUGCUCAUAUUUCCCUUGUGUCUGGCUUUGUUGAAGGUCAAAUGUUGUUUGGAUCAGAGGAAAAUUCUCAGGAGUUCCUUUCAUUACAUAUAAGGGGGCCAAAAUUGAACACCUGAGGUUUUCAUUUUGCAGUUCAUCAAGGUAAAGAUAGCAUCACGUUGCUCUUUUGUUUUUGCACUGUACACAAGCUUACACAUCAUAGCCAAAAUGCUGUUGUUGUACAUCAUGCCAUGAAGUCGUCAAGAACUUUCUAAUAUUGACCUAUAUCCUGCAUCACCAUUUGCUUUUCUUGUUCAUUGGAAUGUCUCUAUACAUAUUUCGUGUAUUUAUUAUAGGAAUCUGUAUCCAGUAAUCUACCAGCAAACCAUUCUCCUUGAUUGAAGAUGCCCUUUUUCUUUUUGUCUUUUUUUUUUGCCAUUCCUCCCUCAAACUACACUUGAAUCUAGAGACCAGUUUUAAUUCCUUAAGGUUACCAACCACUAAAACAAAGGAAAUGACAGGGAGAAACUGACCUAGGUGUGGUUAAGCAGUUGAGUCUGCCCAAAUUUUCUUUUUCCCUCGUGUGAUUCAUUUCCCUGUGACCUGAGUCCUGCUUUUGGCAGACAGUCGCAAGAUUUUGACACAAGCACAGAGGAAUGAAUGUGUGCAAUAAAUGUCAGCAGCAACUGCCAUGACUUUGGAGGAGUUAGGGAGAUGGCUUGUUCUAGACCUGUUUGAUGGAACCAAAACUUGAUAUCUCAUCUUGAAAUAAACUGUAUGCGUUCAUCAUGA